ACAUCAAAAUUAAUAAUGCAUCUUAUCAAAAAUAUUAACUUAUUCGAUUAUAACAAAAUGUUAAAAUGCCAGAAAAGUCGCCGUAUAGUUGCAUAAUCAAUGGAAAACACGCGAAUAUAAGCGAUUAUCCUUUUUAUGUUUAUAUCGACACCGACCGAUGUUAUUGCGGCGGUGCUUUAUUAUCUAGAAACGUGGUUUUAACCGCAGCUCAUUGCGUAUCCAAGUCAUCAAUAUCAAAAAUUAAAGUCAUUCCCGGAUUGAGGAAAAGAAAGCAAUCGAAACGAACAGUAUAUCGACCGAAAGAAGUUAUCAUUCACCCAAAAUAUUGUAUCGACGAUUGUUAUGAUAUAGCUUUGCUAAUUUUAAACAGUAAUGUGAAACCUUGCGGUUGUAUUGAUAUUAUCGAUAUAAGUAGUUGUAAACCGUGUGUGGGAGAUGUGGUUACGGUUGUUGGUUAUGGAUACACAAAGCUUUUAAGGGAUAAAUACGGAUGUUGUUUACCAACACCUUCUAAAUAUUUACGUUCUUCACGCAGGAAAAUAAUGUGUUUUGAAGGACCGAUUAUGAAUACUUAUAGUAAUAACUCAAGAACUUGUUUGGGUGAUAGUGGGAGUCCGGUAAUUUAUAAUGGAGAACUUGUUGGGAUUCAUGUCAGUGGAGAAUAUUAUUGUGGAAGGACUAGUUAUCACAUAACAUUGGCACAUCCAAAAAUCUAUUCGUUUUUAGUUGAUAAUUUACCGUUUCUAGACCAAUAAAAUUGUUUGUAUUAAU